AUGAAGUGUCUGGUUGCUGUUUUGGUCUGUGUGGUGCUCGCAGAGGGAAUCGUCAAGAUCCCUCUGCGCAAGCACAAGUCUAUGCGUGAGGCCCUGAGAGAUAAAGGGAUCGAGCUGCCUUACCAGGAUCCAGCUCUGAAGUACCAGAACUAUGAGUUUGCCACUGCAAACAUGUACAUCAACAACUAUGCUGAUACCACCUACUAUGGACCCAUCACCAUCGGAACACCCCCCCAGUCCUUCCAGGUGCUGUUUGACACCGGCUCUGCCAACCUGUGGGUGGACUCAGUGUACUGUAACACUCAGGCCUGCAAUACACACACAAAGUUCAACCCCCAGCAAUCCUCCACCUACUCUGCCCUGGGAACAUCCUUCUACCUGCCCUACGGCGCUGGAAGCCUUGAUGGAGUCUUUGGCUAUGACACUGUCAAUGUUGGCGGCAUUGUGAUCCCCAACCAGGAGAUUGGUCUGAGCACAAACGAGCCUGGUCAGAACUUUGUGGUGGCCCAGUUUGAUGGCAUCCUCGGCCUGUCUUACCCAUCCAUCUCAGCUGGAGGAGAGACUCCUGUCAUGGACAACAUGAUGUCUCAAAACCUGCUUAAUGCUAACAUAUUUGCUUUCUACCUUUCCAGGGACGAACAGCAGGGAAGUGUGCUUUCUUUUGGAGAUGUGGACAACAGCCUGUACCAGGGCCAGAUCUAUUGGACCCCUGUCACCUCUGAGACCUACUGGCAGAUUGGCGUUCAAGGAUUCCAGAUUAAUGGUCAAGAGACUGGCUGGUGCUCUCAGGGCUGUCAGUCUAUUGUGGACACUGGAACCUCCAUGCUGACCGCCCCACAGCAGCUUAUGGGUAGCAUCAUGCAGGCAAUUGGUGCCCAACAGAACCAGAAUGGAAUGUAUAUGGUGGACUGCAGCCAGGUCAACAACUUGCCAACCCUCAGCUUUGUUAUCAGCGGCGUUACCUUCCCUCUGCCUCCUUCUGCUUACAUCAUUAGCAACCAGAAUGGAUACCAGUACUGCUCAGUGGGCAUCACCCCCACCUACCUGCCCUCUCAAAAUGGCCAGCCCCUGUGGAUCUUUGGAGACGUGUUCCUCAGAGAGUACUACUCCGUCUACGACCGCACCAACAACCAAGUUGGCUUUGCUACAGCUGCCUAA